AUGAGCAAGAGAACCUUCACUGCCAUAACAGACAGCAAGAGAACCUUCACUGCCAUAACAGACAGUAAGAGAACCUUCACUGCCAUAACAGACAGCAAGAGAACCUUCACUGCCAUAACAGACAGUAAGAGAACCUUCACUGCCAUAACAGACAGUAAAAGAACCUUCACUGCCAUAACAGACAGCAAGAGAACCUUCACUGCCAUAACAGACAGUAAGAGAACCUUCACUGCCAUAACAGACAGUAAGAGAACCUUCACACCCAUAACAGACAGUAAGAGAACCUUCACACCCAUAACAGACAGUAAGAGAACCUUCACAGCCAUAACAGACAGUAAGAGAACCUUCACACCCAUAACAGACAGUAAGAGAACCUUCACAGCCAUAACAGACAGUAAGAGAACCUUCACAGCCAUAACAGACAGUAAGAGAACCUUCACAGCCAUAACAGACAGCAAGAGAACCUUCACUGCCAUAACAGACAGCAAGAGAACCUUCACAGCCAUAACAGACAGUAAGAGAACCUUCACAGCCAUAACAGACAGCAAGAGAACCUUCACAGCCAUAACAGACAGCAAGAGAACCUUCACUGCCAUAACAGACAGCAAGAGAACCUUCACAGCCAUAACAGACAGUAAGAGAACCUUCACAGUCAUAACAGACAGUAAGAGAACCUUCACACCCAUAACAGACAGCAAGAGAACCUUCACUGCCAUAACAGACAGCAAGAGAACCUUCACAGCCAUAACAGACAGUAAGAGAACCUUCACAGUCAUAACAGACAGUAAGAGAACCUUCACACCCAUAACAGACAGCAAGAGAACCUUCACUGCCAUAACAGACAGCAAGAGAACCUUCACUGCCAUAACAGACAGCAAGAGAACCUUCACAGCCAUAACAGACAGUAAGAGAACCUUCACAGUCAUAACAGACAGUAAGAGAACCUUCACACCCAUAACAGACAGCAAGAGAACCUUCACUGCCAUAACAGACAGCAAGAGAACCUUCACAGCCAUAACAGACAGUAAGAGAACCUUCACAGCCAUAACAGACAGUAAGAGAACCUUCACAGCCAUAACAGACAGUAAGAGAACCUUCACAGCCAUAACAGACAGUAAGAGAACCUUCACAGCCAUAACAGACAGCAAGAGAACCUUCACAGUCAUAACAGACAGUAAGAGAACCUUCACAGCCAUAACAGACAGUAAGAGAACCUUCACAGCCAUAACAGACAGUAAGAGAACCUUCACAGUCAUAACAGACAGUAAGAGAACCUUCACAGCCAUAACAGACAGUAAGAGAACCUUCACAGCCAUAACAGACAGUAAGAGAACCUUCACAGCCAUAACAGACAGUAAGAGAACCUUCACAGCCAUAACAGACAGCAAGAGAACCUUCACACCCAUAACAGACAGCAAGAGAACCUUCACUGCCAUAACAGACAGCAAGAGAACCUUCACACCCAUAACAGACAGUAAGAGAACCUUCACACCCAUAACAGACAGCAAGAGAACCUUCACACCCAUAACAGACAGUAAGAGAACCUUCACUGCCAUAACAGACAGCAAGAGAACCUUCACAGCCAUAACAGACAGCAAGAGAACCUUCACACCCAUAACAGACAGCAAGAGAACCUUCACAGCCAUAACAGACAGUAAGAGAACCUUCACAGCCAUAACAGACAGUAAGAGAACCUUCACAGCCAUAACAGACAGUAAGAGAACCUUCACACCCAUAACAGACAGUAAGAGAACCUUCACAGUCAUAACAGACAGUAAGAGAACCUUCACUGCCAUAACAGACAGUAAGAGAACCUUCACAGCCAUAACAGACAGUAAGAGAACCUUCACAGCCAUAACAGACAGUAAGAGAACCUUCACAGUCAUAACAGACAGUAAGAGAACCUUCACAGCCAUAACAGACAGUAAGAGAACCUUCACAGCCAUAACAGACAGUAAGAGAACCUUCACAGCCAUAACAGACAGUAAGAGAACCUUCACAGCCAUAACAGACAGUAAGAGAACCUUCACACCCAUAACAGACAGUAAGAGAACCUUCACAGCCAUAACAGACAGCAAGAGAACCUUCACUGCCAUAACAGACAGUAAGAGAACCUUCACAGUCAUAACAGACAGCAAGAGAACCUUCACACCCAUAACAGACAGUAAGAGAACCUUCACACCCAUAACAGACAGUAAGAGAACCUUCACACCCAUAACAGACAGUAAGAGAACCUUCACUGCCAUAACAGACAGUUAG